GCUUUAUUCGGGUUUCUGCAAUCGCGAUGACCCUUCGAUUUUGAGCCUCAUGGCUCCUGAACUUGUGCUGAAUCUUGAUCUGGGGCAAGGGGAAUUUCAUGUGUUGUCGUUGAUGUGCUUCUCGUUUGGAAAUUUUAGCUGCAAGCUGGACAUGACCAUUGCCUGCAAUUUCGCAGUUUCUAAGGCUUCGAUUUUGGGUGCUGUAAAAGUGAAGAAACCAUUCAGGCUUACUUCCAACUACUUCUCUCGCAAGUAUUUUGUUAGGAAGAUUACAAUGAGCAAUUGUCAGAGGAAUGACCUAAAUGGUGUUAGUACGGAGGCUAGAGGUGCACUAAUUGUUUUAGAAGGAUUGGACCGUAGUGGGAAAACUUCGCAAUCGAGUAGACUGCUUUCGUACCUGGAGGGAUUGGGGCAUUCAGCUGAACUAUGGAGAUUUCCUGACAGAACUACAAGCGUCGGGAAAAUGAUUUCUUCAUAUCUUUCGAAUGAAUCCCAGUUGGACGAUCACACUAUACAUCUCCUCUUCAGUGCAAACCGGUGGGAGAAGAAGUCAUUAAUGGAAGAAAAGUUGAAGUCUGGGACCUCCCUUAUAGUUGACCGAUAUUCAUACUCGGGGGUUGCUUUUUCAUCUGCGAAAGGACUCGACAUUGAUUGGUGCAAGGCACCAGAGAUCGGGUUGUUGGCACCAGAUCUUGUCAUCUAUCUCAAUAUCCUGCCCGAGAAAGCUGCUGAAAGAGGAGGAUAUGGAGGUGAGAGAUAUGAGAAGCUCGAAUUCCAGAAGAAGGUUGCUGCAUAUUAUCAAAUUCUCCGUGAUGCUUCCUGGAAGGUAGUAGAUGCGCUAUUACCGAUUGAAGAGAUCGAGAAGCAGCUGCAGGUGGCUGUACUGGACUGUGUCAAGGCAUGCCAAGGGGGAAAGCCCCUCUCAUGCCUCUGGUCUUCUUAAGUGGUCGAUAUCUUUGUUGCCAACAGAAGCUUGAAAACAUCGUAUGAGAGAAUCACCAGUUCUUUUAGGUUGACAGGGAAUGUUGUCUUGUUGUUUUUAGGCAACAGAGGGAAUGUUGUCUGGAUUUGAGAAAAUCACCGAAUACAAACAGAUGUCCCUUCUUUUUCCCAGAAAAAUUGCAUUAUUUAGUCUUCAAUUCCAAUUCGGAAUGCUGCAGUAUGCUCGGCC